AUGGUAGAUAUCCGCGAGUUUUCGGACGCAAUCGACGCGUUGCCGCCCUCCGAGUUCCGGAAAGCGUUGAAAGCGUUCGUGGUGAAGGGCAAGGGGCCGGUUCCGACGCGAUUUCCGCAUGAAGGAAAGCGGUCGCUUCGCGAUUUCGUGGAUUUGGCGGCAAAAGAGAAGGAGGUCGGGAUCGAGCAGGCGGUGAGCGCGGUGUUGAAUCAGGAGAUAGAGAGUCCAUUUGUGAAUGUGAGGUGGAGCGAAAUCGCUGCGUUGAAUGAAACGCAGAGGCAGUUCGCUUUGUUUGUGUUGCAGAUGGAGGCCGCAAUGCAUUCCUUUGUGGAGGUGCAGAUCGAACGGAGAAUCGACGAGGAGCUGGAUUUGGGACCGCUGGAGGAGAAGACGCUCGACGUCAUGGAGGAUGUCAUUUCGAUUCUCUAUUCGCUUUCCGCUUCUCCUAGACGCAGAGAAGAGAUCAGAAGACUGCAGGAACAGUGUUAUUGUACUAUAUGGCAUGUUUGUUUUAAGGAAAUGAGCGCGAUCCUGGAGCAAUGUCAGACUGCAGAAGAGCUGCUCCAACAGCAACAAACGGCGUUUUUAACAACAGGGUGUCGAUCGAUUGACAAAUGUCUGAAGGGAGGGAUUCCGCUGCAUUCCAUUACGGAAAUAACGGGAGAAUCUUCAUCUGGAAAGUCCCAACUCGCUAUUCAGCUGGCUGUCAAUUGUAUUUUAAGCGAGAAGGAUCGUGGAGUCAAUGGAAAAGCAUUGUACAUUGAUACGGAGUCAUCAUUUUCUACACAACGUCUUGCUGAUAUUUCAAACGCAUUUUGCAGCCGCCAUCCCGAGUUUUCUAUUGAUCAGAUUAGUGAGAACAUAUUUAUCGAAAACAAAGUGCGUUCCUACGAAGAUUUGGUGAGUUUACUCGAUUCACUUGAAGACCGAUUGAAAAAUCCAUCAAACAGUGCGAUUCGCGUGGUAAUCAUCGAUUCGAUCACAUCUCUGUUUCGUGGUAGUGGAACCACUGUAUUGGAAGGAUAG